AUGUACAAGGCCUGCGGGCAUACUGAAUUCCGCCGGUUCAUGUGCAACCCAGUGCCCCUGAGCAUCAACGAUGACAAGUCGGAUCUUGACCCCAGCAGGCAGGCCAAUACCAAGAGCGGUUUUGCUUGCGGAAAGCAGCCCGAACAUGUCAAUGACCUGGAGCUCGGUCAUUGUGGACAUUGCCCCCGCAACAAGAGAGAGCCAGACAAAGGAGCGGGACGAGGGAGGACGAGCUUUGGUAAAGAACAAAGCCGUAAGGGAGCCGGAGUCCAAGUCUUCGUUUCGCAGUACGAUGCCGAAAGGCCUGAAAAUGACGACAAGACCGACAAUGUUCAAAUGCUACCUGGUGAUGUAGUGGAAGAGCGGCGUCUCUUCAAGCAAAGGAUCGCGGAGGCGGCUGAAGAACGUGGACAGUUUCGUGAAGAGAUUGGUAAGGGCCAGGCCAAGACCAGUUCUUUGCUCGACGCCGUCAGGAGCCUGAGCGACCAUUCCGCCGAGCUGGACAAGGGCAGCACCCCAGCUGUCAUCACUACCGAUUGUCCGACCACGCCAAAGGCAGUCAACACAGACUCAACUCCACGUCCACCACGCCAUGCCCAUCAACAUCAUCUGUCGCAUUCGGUGACCAAAGUUCGUCGGGAUCUCUUUUGCUGCAAGCGCCAUGUCAGCCCCGUGAUCAGCUCUAUGAACCACAAGAGUAUGGUCAGCACCCUGGUAAGCACCACCAGCCGGCAAAGCGAGCCUCAGGAGCCAACGAAGCCACAGCCUCCCGUUUCUGUCAAGAACAAGCAGUCGAAUGGCCCGUCUCGCCGGCCUCUGCCGCCUGGGCUCUGCUCCGACCCCCAGACUCUUCCCAAGGCCGCAAAUCUUCAGGUCCUUGCGAAGCACCGGUUCCAUAGACUGGUGGUGUGCGUUCCUGAAGAGUCCACUUGCCAAUCUCUCGUAGUUGCGAAUUCGACCGCCAACAACAUCGUCCUCCGCCGUGCAAAGGCCAUCAAAGUGUGCAACCUUAAUGCUUUCCACUGCCCAGUCCUGAAGCCACGCUUUGGGCUCAAGAGGAAGGUGUUGGCUCCCCCGGUUCCCAAACAUUCGACGCCACCGCGACGCCUCAUCCUCCUCUCGUCAUCCACCAACACAAACAACCCCAACAACCCCAGCGGAAACACCCCCAACAGCAACCCAACCUACGGCAAACAAUUCAUAGCAGCCAUGACCCACGUCCAAGCCCAAGUCCACGGGCGAGUCCAGUCCGAGAUGCAGGAGUGGCGUCACCAGCCCGCGGACCCGACUCGGGACCAAGUCCUGGCGUAUCUGCACGAGCACGUUGCGGAGCGCGGUCAGGAGUUGAUUUGGGAGCACAUGUUGGCCGAGACUCAGGAGGUAUUCUGGGAGGGAGUGCGGGCUCGGGCUCAGGCGCAGGGUCGGGAGGAGGAACAGGUUGCGGCGAGGGAGCAGGUUGAGCAUUGGAAGCAAAUGCAGGCGCAGGCUAGUGAGAAGAUUAGGGAGAUGAUGAGGGAGUUUAGGGAGAGUGUUGCGAGGGAGCAGGAGGGGGCGAGGAAGUAG